UGGACGUCGGCGUCGAUGCCCGCGUGGGCCGCCACCUCGUCGCCGCCCGGGACCUGGCGGCGGGCGUGCCGGCGCUGCGGGAGCGGGCCCUGCUCGCGGGCAGCGACGAGGCCCGGGCGCUGGCGGCGGUCGCGCGGCCCGAGGGCUUGGAGGAGAUGCUGGAGGCCUGGGAGCGGCCCGAGGCUGGAGGGCCGAGCCCCCUGGCGCACGUGGACCUCUUCGCCGCCUUUGCGCUCGCGCGCGCGGCCGCGACGGCGGCGCCGCCGGCUCCUCCAGAUGGCGAGGGCGUGCGCGGCGGCGCCGGCGGAGCCGGUGGCGGCGAGGCCUCGGCCUCGGCAGGGGAGCGGCUGGAGGAGAGGCUGCGGCGCUGGUUCUGCGUGCCGAGCGAGGCGGCGGUGGACCGCGCGGCGCAGCGGGAGAAGCUGGAGGCCGUGCAUGGCUCCUGGAGGCCCGGCUUCCAGCGCGCGUGCAGCCUGGAGGACCUGCGGCGGCUGGACGACGUGCUGAGCAGGAACGCGGAGGAGUUCACGGGCGCGGUGGCCGUCUUCGGCUGCGGGCGCGGGGAGCGGGCUCCGUGGCUGGCGCGGCGGCGAUUCCAGGGCCUGUUCCCCUGCAAGGACCUGAUCCAGCACUCCUGCGCGCCGAACUGCGCCAGCGUGGCGGGCCCUGUGUGGGAGGGCUGCGAGAGGCUCGUGCUCGAGGUGGUGCCCCUGCGGACCAUUCGAGCCGGCGAGCGGCUGACGUGGUGCUACCUGCCCUACUGGAAGGCGCUCUGGCCCGCGGAGCUCCGGCGCAGCGCGCUGCGAGACGGGUGGGAUUUCGUUUGUGGCUGCGAGCGCUGCGAUGGAGCCACGCGCGAGGCGGCCAUGGCUUUUCGGUGCCCCGCGUGCGGCUCCAGCGAGCUGUGCCCCCCGCGCCCCGCAGCCUUGAAGGCCCUCCCCACGCUGCGCCCAGCACAGACCGGCUGCGCGGGCUGCGCGGGCGUGGAGCACGCCGCUGCCGCGGCGGAGGUGCCAGAGCUCCAGUGCCCUUGCGGGCUGCGGCUCGGCGAGGGCGGCGCCAGCACCCCUGGCGGGCUGAAGGAGCGCCUGGCCCAGGAGUGCGCGGCCUUGGCGCUGCCCUGGCGCGGCGCGCUCGGGCGGGACCCGGGCGAGGCGACCGCCGAGGAGGAGAGCUUGCUGGGCGCCUCCCACUGGCUGAUCGCGGAUCACGCCUCGCAUCUCCUGGAGAACGCCCCCGCCGUGCUGGAGGCGCUGGGGCUCUCCGCCCCCGGAGCCGACCCGCGUGCCGUGGAGGGCUUCCUGCAGCGCCUCGCGGGGGCCGUCGACACCGUCCUCGACGCGGCGCGGCGCUGCCUCGGGCCGGGGCCGCUGCAGGCGCCCGGGCCGGAGCCGCUGCUGCUGCGGGCGCUGUGCACGGGCUCGGCCGCGGACUUCGAGGCGUGCCGGCGGGCACACGGCCACCUGGCGCGCUGCGGCACCGCCGGCGCGGCGGCCGCAGCGGCCGCCGCCCGGCUCUGCGCCUCGCCCGCCGGCUUCGUGGCCGAGGGCCUGGGCCUCCAGCCUGCAGCGGCGGGGCGGUUGCAGAGCCUGGCGGGGCGCGCGGCGACCCCCGCGGGAGGUGGCUAUGCCAUCUACUGGUACGAAGGGGACGAUUAUGGUCAUGAACGGAUUUUGUUGAGGGAAGUUAAGUCACUGGAUGACAGGCGUAUCUGGGUCGGGGCCUCGCCUGACUUCGAUGUCUAUGCGGAGGAGUGGGACACCACGGGAGAUCGCGGGCCCAUCAGAGUGGAGCUGAUGAAGGGUCGCACUGUGCCAAGGAGUUUCCCUAGGCCCAUCUAUCGCUUCGAUCAGAAGGUUCCCUGGGGCAAGUUCACGGAGCUUAGGGCCGAGGCGUCGCAGGUCAUCGUCGACGGAGGGCUCGAGGAGAUCGCUCACGCGAGAGUGCAGGCUGACCCUGCUGAUGCUCUUGGGAGUGACGGGGUCUGGGUCGCGUCGGAGCCCGUCUUCGACGGGGGCCAGGAGGUUGCGAGGAUCGGCACUCAGGUCGCCAAGGAGUCCGUGGCGAGCAGUCUGGGGAACCGCGGGUUCGCCAAGUUUGGCUCGGUCGUCGCGGCGCUCGAGCGGAUCAAGGUGGAGGAGCUCGACGGUUACUUCGCGGGCCGCAAGAACCUGCUCCUGGUGGGCCUGGGAGGCACUCACACGCCCGAGGAGCGAGAGGGAGCCCUUGGCUCGCCCACAGGCCUCCAGGCCCUUCGUGGGGCUCUUGCAGGCCCACAGCUCCCUGGAACGGGUGAGGAACCUGACGAGAAGACGGACGAGGACGUUCGCGCGCUGUCGGUGAAGUUCAACGCCUUCAACCGCAGGGAGCGCGUCUGGGUGGACUCGGUCAAGGAGAUGGUCGAGGACGCCUUCUCGGACUGGCCUUUGGAUGGUCCUCGCGCGUUCUUGUGGUUGAUGAUGUCUUUUGCUCAGCUCGCGAUGGUGCCCACGUUCUGGCUGGAGCGCCACCUCCAGACGGCGGGUUGGAGCGAGAACGAUCGCUCUAUUCAUGAGAUGCGGAUGAUGGCGGAGGUUUUCGAGCUGGCUAUCUCUUACGAUCAGCUUAAUGUGGCUUCGCUCGCGGCCUUCGAGAGGUUGGGGCGGAGAUGGCAAGCUAUACUUGAGGCUCAUGGUAAGAGCCCCAUGAACCCGAACUACGAGAUUGCUGAUAAGUUCUCGGGCUACAAUCGCCGUGCUCAGCUGGUGGCGCCGGCGCUUCGCACCUACGUGGCCAAGGAGGUGCGAGAGGAGGCGGAGAUCGACAGGCAGACUAGCAAGGCCAAGGCUCUGAGGGACGAGGCCAAGGUCGCCCUCAAGCGCGGGAAGUCCGCUGGGAAGGGCAAGGACAAGGAGGAUAGCAAG